AUGCCAAAUUUAAUUCAUUCUUCACAAGCUUCAUCCUCAGAAAAUGGCUUCCAAACCACACCAAACAACAAAGGAAAGGAAACUAUUCAAAGCAUUGUGACCUCAGCAAAGUCUCUUUUACGUGAAACAUUGCCUACAGUUCCUCAGACCACCACUUCAAGCUUGGCUUCUAUGAAUCAAGCAAGUGGUAAAACCAUUGGAAGCUCUUCAACGUAUGCUUCAGUCUCCACGGAUCCAGAUUGGGAGACAAAUGUCAAUGAACAUUUGGGAAGUCCAAAAAAGCUUGGUGAAGGAGGAGGGAGUAAUUUUAGUGCUAGUCAAAGAAAUUUUCGGAGCGAAAACUAUAAUACAUACGGGUCUCAAGAAUGGGAAGGUUGGGUUUCUCAUGAGACUAAUAUAGAUAGAGUUAUUACUUUACAAAACCCGCUUGCAGAAACCACAUUUCAAUCUCCCAAAUUUGAAACGAUCAUCUCAAAUGAAGGCAAAAAAACUCGUAAUAUGCAAGAUGGAGUAGGAGUGAUUGAUUUUCUAAAUUCAAACUCUUUCGUAUCUGAAAUUUAUAACCCGAUCGAUACCGAGCACGAAAUAGAAAGGCGUCGCGAUCAUUUCCAAUAUACUCUGUCGCCAAACACUAGAAAUCUGGAUUCUGCAGGUUCUUAUAUAAAUACACUAAUAGAUGCAGAAGAUAUUGUCGCAUAUCUUAAAGAGACUCGAUACACUGAUGAUGUGUACGGAAUACCGAAUUUUUUGAGAAAAUUGAUUGCUGAAGCUUCCGAUGAAGUGUCGAAUGAAAAAGAACAAGGAAAACAGGAUGAUACGGAAAAACAUCGUCAAACAGCUCUAAAUAGAUUAAAAAUGUAA